CCGGGCGCGUGGCGCACUACGCACAUGCGCUCACUGCCGGGGUGGCCAUACCCGCCGCCGGCGCUGGGGGGCGCUGCAGGGCGCGCCGGGUACCGGCCGCGGUGGACAGACGGGAGGUGCUCCUGGUAGGAGCGUUAUCUACGAGGCUAUGUAUCAUUUCAGUACAGUAACGCCGCUGGUACAUUUCGCAGCGGUUUUGAGUAUCCGUGGAAACCGCGGCUGUAAAACUGAGACCCCGAAGGACCCCAGCUGGGCAUCCUCUGUGCUCAGCAAAGGGCAGCCGCUGCUCCUCGGGGCGAUGUGACAGCGGGGCGCUGAGCCGUGGCACCUCCGACAUCUUUUGUGGGGGAAAGUAAAACACCGCCGUGAGUAACUGUCCGCAUAGCAAGAACGACAAACCGGGAACGGAAGUCUUGAAGCAGUUAGCAUGUGGGGAGCUGGCCUCUGCGGUCGGUUGUUCACUACAGCCCGUUCCUCCAUUUCCAUUUCAAGGACGCUGACCUCAGGUAAAUGCUCAUCACCGUGUGGAACAAGCACAGUUAUGCAGAGUUCCUAUUGGAACUGUGGCUCCACUUCAGGCCACGGCUCAGCGCAGCGCUUUGGGUCUGUGCUGCCUUCAAACGCAUGGAUCAGAUUUGCUGAUGUCAGCAGGCCUUUCCUCAUCGUGCAGUGAGGUUCGUGUGCAAACAUUUGUCUUCUGGGGCCAAGAGGGCAUCUCCUGUUCCCACGACUACACAGAAAACUCCCCACACAUGGCACCAAAAAGGGAAAAUAAACCUCUUCCUUGCAACCCCCUUCCUCCAGAGGCAGCGAGGCUGUGUACAUUUGGAUACAGCUCACAGCUCACGAGGAGGCAAACAGAACUUAACAAUAACCGUGCGAUUGAAAUUCCCUCUCCUUUUUUUUACAGCUGAAAUGUAAUGCCCUGCUAAUGGUCUGCAGCAACACACAUAAAUAUGUAUCUUUGUGUUGUCCCAAAUCAAAACGAACACACCAAAACUUGAAAAAGCUGAUCUAUAGGUAUGUAUCUGGAGAAGAGGCAAUGGUAGCAGCUGUCUUGCAUUCGACCUAGAAGAAAUCUGCACUGAUUUAAGGGCACUUAGGAUAAUGAAAUAUAGUGCCUAGUUACAAAUAAUUACUUAUAUUCAAAAUCCCUGGCACAGAAGAUGGGUUCCGAUCUUAGAGCACAGGAUUUCAGGAGCUUUCUGCCAGAAGCCUGAAAGGAAAAACUACAGAAGUCAGUUCUUUGAGAAGCAGCCUAAUGCUUAAAACAUGGGGAAAAUGACCAGGAGAGGAAGGUACUUUUAUUUGCAUAUGUGUUUGGAUCAAACCGUCUGCAAACAUCACCAGCAGAGCCCGAGACAACCCCCAGAGCCCGUGCUUCGGUUCAGGCCUGUUUCUAAUGCAGCAACUGACUGAUACACUCGCACCGCUUGGAGGACAACCCACUCAAGGCAGGCUCAGUGGAGCCAAGGCCACAGCCCCAUCUGGAGGGAGCCUUCCGUAAACAUUCUGAAGGGUGGAGCAAGGGCCAUGGAAUGCGUGAUGGCCUCAGAGCCCUGUGACACCACUGUGUGUCACCCGGUGCUGGCAGCCCAAGGGCAGCCUGCAGCGGGGCUGCCUGAAGGUGGCUGCCUGAGCCCCGUGCACGAUGGAGUUUUUGGGGACCACGCAGGUUGCCAGCUACUGUGGCACGCGGAAGAGCUGCCUGUUCCCGGACCCAGCCCCUACCAGUACCACCAAGGACACCUACCAGUCCUACUACCUACCAGGAUACCGCUACCUCAGUUCCUGGAGGCCCAGUCUGCUUCAUAGAGUGGUCUCGGUCCCUCCCAGCUCUGCUGGAGAGUUCAAUCCCACUGGGCGGCCACCCACUGUUCUGCCCACAUUGCGCUCUGCCCUCCAUUCCCGCUACAGCAUUCGCGACUGGCACCACGCAAACAUGGUUCAAUUAAAAGGCUCUGAAGCCUCCAGGUACUGGGCUGGAAGGCUGAACACUGAUUCUUUGCGACUGAUGCAAGAUAAGGACCAACUGACUCAUCAGAUGCAAGAAGACAGCAGCAGAAACUUGGGGGAGAGGAUCUCUAACAUUGAUUUCUGGAGAUCUGAGCUCGCCUAUGAGCUAGAGUGUCUGCUCAAAGAGACCCAGGCCUUGGAAACAGCCAAGAAGCGGCUUGAAUGUGCCAUAAGUGAAAUGCAGGGACCGCUGAAGACAGCCCUGGAAUGCUUGUACUACCGUGAGAAGCGAAAGGAAAUAGACUUGGUUCAUGAUGAUGUGGAAAAGAACCUCAUGAAGGAGGUUGAUACAUACAAAGAUUGUCAAGAAAUACUGGCAAAACUUGCACAAAGAAUCAAUCAUCAGUUGGGUAUCAACAGAGACGCGCAGCAUGCCCUGGAGCAGGAUCUUUCUGACAAAAACUCAGCCCAUUUUAUUGAUGUGAAGUGCUUUAACCUGAGGAACACAUCAGACAGCAUCAACUUCUACCAUGGAGUGGAGAAAGCAGAUGGGACUGUUUCAGUUCCUGCAACAUGGGCUAAAUUCAGUGAAGACAAUGUCAGGUGCUCUCAACAUGCAAGGGCCAACUCUGUCAAGCUCCGAGAGGAUACAGAGGUUGCACUGGAGAGCACAUCUGAGGAGCUGUGGAAUCAGUUUGUCAGCACCAAUUUGGCCUUUAACAAUCGCAUUGCUGAGGUAGCUGAUGCAAAGAACAAACUCCAAGCACAACUGGCUAAGGUACUUCAAGAAAUCUUCCAGACAGAAGAUACAAUCAUGCUACUGGAGAGAUCCAUAAUGGCGAAGGAGUACCCACUGAAAGUGGCUCAGACACGUCUGGAGGGAAGAACUAGGAGACCCAAUAUAGAACUAUGCCGUGAUGCACCUCAGUUUCAGCUUGUCACUGAAGUUUAUACUAUAGAUGACACCUUACAGACCUUAAAGAAACAUCUACAAGAAGCCCGUGAUACUCUGCAAACACUACUUCACAACAAAUCAAAGCUGGAACACGACAUUUCUGUGAAGGCAAACUCCUUUUUCAUUGACAAGAAGUGUAUGGAGAUGCGCAAAACCUUCCCCUGCACCCCACGGCUUAUUGGCUACAUUUAAGCAGUAACCUUUGGUAUCUCUCAUGCAUGAUAUAAAAGCUGCAAAGGUUGCAAAUAUUUCCUGAAGGAAAUCAUUAUUUUGUUGGGGCUUUGUUUCUUUGUUUGAAAUCCAAUAGAGAUAAACCAACCAAAAUCAA